CUAUUGCCUUGCACCACCAGCACCGCACACAUUUUUUCUUCCUCCCAUCCCUCCAACCAUUAAACAUCACAUCUUCACUUCUUUAUCCUUUAUCUUUCAAUUCAAGCAACGGGCGCAUUUAACAACAACGAUUAAAGACGCUUUUAGAGCGAUGUGCUCCUUGUCGCAUACAACAUUUCACCCCGUUCUCAUCGAGUUUCGGAUUUAAUCAAGCCAUAUUUCCGCUCAUCUGAAGCCUCAAAAAUACAUUGUUUUUAGCUUACUGGGCUAAGCAAGCGGCCUUCACGUUACAAAUCUCAUCUCCCUAUAACCUACUUGGGUAGCCUUACUUACCUAACUGCUCUCCGAGAGGAAAAUAUAACUUGGAAUACUGCCUAACCAAGUUUCUAAUCUCGUUUUUCUACUCGUUAGUUAGUCCUUCGAUAAUACUCAUAUUUCCCGCUCUAGUUUAGCCAUGUGCUCGCACUUCCUAGAGCUAGGUUAUACACGCCGUGAAGACAUUUAAAAGACGUCCCUAUCCUUCACAGUUCUUAGUACUAACUCGCCCAUUAAAGUCUACCGAAAUCACCUGGGGAUACAUUGGAAUAAAUAAGUUCACCACUUAGCCUUGGAAAUCGGAGAGAAACUUGACGAGUAGCUGCGAUCCUGAGCCUUGCAGCCUUGUUUUUCCUUAUAUCUUUUUUCUAUCUUCCUAUAUUAGGCACCUACGGAUAUUUGGAUUGUUUCGUGGACUUUUUUCUAUAAUGGCCGAUCACCUAGCCUUGACCCCUUCUGCAUCUUCGGACUCUGCGAUAGAGGGUCAUUCCCGGUCCGCUAAGGUAGCAACGUUCAGUUUUGCUCACAUUCCUAAUCUUGCCACCUUGGAAAAUAUAUCUAUCAUGAACCUACCAUUUCCUUCCAGCCGGAGUCUGGCCGAUCCUUAUGGAUCCGGGCGGGUUAGGGAUCGUAUACAGUCAUGGUACCAAAGGAAUGAUGGGCCAUGGACGCCCCCCGGCUUGACACCUCCCCAAAGUGACCUCAGAAAUCCGGCUAUCUCAAGCAGCCUGCGGGAAAACCAAUUUGUUUUCUCGACCCAUUACCGGGAGGGUAGAGUAUCUUCGGAAUGCGAUACGGUUGCACCUGGAGUAGUGCCCCCUUCUGAUUCAGGAUACGGCGGGAGUUAUGGGGCCAAGCGUAGCGUUGCCAACGGUUCUGUUUGCGACGAGUCUCUUGACCGGAACCAAGAAACCCAAAGCCUUGUCGGACAUAUAGGUGACCUGAACUUCCACUCUUAUAACCAGGAUAUCAUGCCCAAAGGUGGAGUGAAUCCGGAAGCUCCUUGGUCUCAGCCUCAACAAUCACCAUCUCCCUCGUCAGCUUUUGGCCAGCAGGUUAGCUCUAGGGACAAGACGUGUGAGAUAUGCAAGAAAACUCUCAAAACGAAAUCCGAGUUCAAGAAACACAAGCAAAGGCAUGAGAAGCCUUUCAAGUGUAGUGUGAAAAGUUGUCCUCGUAGUGAGGGUUUCAGCACACCAAACGACCUUGACAGACACAUAAGAAGCCUACAUCCGGAGGAAGACGCCACAGGUAAUCGCUACAAAUGCCCAAUUGGACCUUGUAAAAAUAAGGAUAAGAUUUGGCCACGAGCAGACAACUUCCGAGCUCACAUGAAACGUGUCCAUCAAAAGGAAUCCAUAACAGAUGAGGAUCUGGAUCAAUAUAAGUUUAGUCCAGCGACUUCAUCCAAGGCCACGACGGACAUAACUCACCAUAGUGCGGCCCCUGCGUCUGACGGAUUUAUGUUUCCUGUUGGUUCUGAAAAUUGGACAUUGCCUCGGGAUCCGGUUAUAGACCUAUCUACUGAAACAAGUCCAAUGGAAGGACCAAGCCAAGUUGAGAUGGAAGAGGCGCCACCGGUAAAUGAAUCGGGCGACGAAUGUCACUUGCGCACCGCCAAUAGCGGUCACGUACAAGAGGUACACCCGGAAAGAGACGAUGUCUCGCUUGAUGAACAGACGGAAACACCCCAGUCCCCAUCUAUUCAGCCUUGUUCCACAUUUAAUGAUAAUACCGAGUUUGCAAAGUCCGGCCAAGUACAUGACAGAAACUACAGCCUCGAUUACGGGGAAACGGACUCUAAAUUAAUCAGCGACCCAAGUUCUCCGGACCAUGACAAGGCGGAUGAACCCAAAGAGCCCCAAGAUCACCAUAAUGGGCCAUCACUCGAAAAUUCUCAGUCUGAUAGACAAUUAGAAGAACUAACAGAUAUUCAUAUGGAUUCCAAUACUCGGACUAAACUCGGGGCCCUUAGUGACACGAGAAACCUAGAUCCCGAUGAGUUACUAAAGCUUCUUGAGGAACUUCGAAACAAUAGUGUUUUCCAUAGUUUUCUUAGAGAACAUGGGUACAAAAAAGAUGAUUCCCCCGAACAAGAGGUGAUGAAACAAGAGCCAGCCCGGAAUACCGCUCCUGAGCAAGCCCACAUUUGCUCCAAAUGCCAGAAGAGUUUUAAUCGACGUUGUGAAUUAAAAAAGCAUGAGAAACGACAUUUGAAGCCAUACGGCUGCACGUUCCAGCACUGCAAGAAGAAGUUUGGCAGUAAAAACGACUGGAAGCGGCAUGAGAAUAGCCAGCACUAUAUGGCGGAACACUGGAGGUGUGAUGAGAAGCAGGCUAACGACGCUGCCGAGAUCUGCGGCAUAAUGAUCUAUGAGCGGGAGCAGUUUAGGCAACACUUGGUUGUACAUCACCACAUCAAAGACUCAACAAUUUUGGAAACUAAGAUUGAGAGGUGUCGCGUGGGGCGGAACUCCGAGGUCCGUUUCUGGUGUGGCUUCUGUCGGGAAAUAAUUGAAGUCAAGAAGGAUGGCAUAGAAGCCUGGACUGAGCGGUUUAAUCAUAUUGACGAUCAUUUUCAUGGCCGUAACAAUCAGGAAAGGAAGAAGAUCGAUGACUGGCAAGACGAAUGCCCGUCUAAUACUAGAGUUGAGUCAUCAGCCAAUAAUUCCGAGGAUUGCGGCGUUACAUCGUCGACACCAGCUACUUCGACCAAUAGCUCUGACACCCCCGGCCACCCCCGGCUUGAGAAGCGACAGGUUCGGUCUACGAAGCAGAAGAGAAAGCGAGACGACGGCUGCGACGAGUCUGCAAAGCGUCACGAAGUAGAGGAGAUGCUCAGGCGUCAUUGUUGCCAGUGUACAGAAAUGAUGCCUGUGACGAGCAAACAGUGUACUAAUGUCCCAUGUGAUCACAAGUUAUGCGAGAAUUGUUACUAAUGUCAUGAAUGUUAAUGUCGCAUUAUGAUGGUGUUGAAUAGGUACCUCUGUUUAGGUGGUCAUGAAUGGAAAUAGAAUCUUGAGAUAUCCCCUUACUAGGUACCUACCAACGCAGGCCGGGAGUCUAGCAGGCACUACUAUAUUUUAUGUAUUCCCAAGGAAUUAAUCAACUCUUUUAAUCUCCUACUAGGUAGAUUGCAUCAUAA